AUGGGCCUGAGCUCUUCCAAAGGACAUCCCAAGGUGACCAAGGUGGCACCAAUGUGUACCAGGGAGGACCUGCCCAUUCUCACCACCUUGUACCAGCUCCCCAGUGUGCCAGGACAGCCCAGCCUGCACCUGCCAACCACAUCAGAGUGGGGAGAACACACUCUUCACUGGAAACUUCCUCCUCUCCGGGAGACCUGGUGUGGGACAGCCGCUGAAGGGCUCCUUUUGUUCAACACCAUACCAGAAAAGGGAGAAACCAGCAUCAUCAAACAGCACCCACCACGAAGACCUCAAAGGCUUGAACCUGCUGGUCCUCUGCCACCAAUUGUUUCUGCAAAGGCCCAGAGUCAGCAAGAGGUGGCUACAAGCACAAAAAUGAAGGCCCUGGAGAAAAAUGGACAAAGCCUGAAACACCUCCCCAGCAGGCGGUGGCACUUGCACAAGCUGCAGAUACUGGACUUGACACACAAGCGCCAAGAGGCAGAGCUGAAGAGAAAUCUCCACAGGGAGGCAAAAAUCAAUAAACAAAAAAUCAAGGAAUUCAGCCCAAAGAAAGUCCUUGACACUCUCCAGAGAAGCAGCAGCACUGAAAGCAGAGACCUCAUCCCUGCUGAGCACAAUCAGCAUUUUCAUGGAGUCAGCUGUGGAAACAUGUGGAGCAGAGAACUCUCCAGGCAGCAUGAUGGGUCUGAACUCUCUCCAGGAAGAAGCAGGAAGGUUGACUUAUGGUUCUGCAGGGAGUCAUGGGCAAGGGAUCCGUUCUGGGACACUUCCAGUACAGGCUCUGAGGAGUGGGAAAUGGAAGAGAAGAUCUACCGCAAACCUACACUCGUGAGAACCAAGACAGAGAGAGUUUCUCUCUUUGAUGACUUCUUUGAUAGAGAUUUCUAG